GAAAGGGAACUGAUACAUCUACACAUCUAUCACACCACUAUUGAUUCUUUUCAGAUCUUUUCAUUAUUCAGAUGUAAAUUUAUGUAAACAAAUUCUUCAGUGACAGCAUUCCCUACGGCCAACAACCCAAGCUAAACCUCAAAGAGGCCUUCCGCAGAAAGCCUACCAAGGCUGCUCCAAGGCUUCUGGGACCAAAUCUUCCGCAGAAAGAAGGUCCCUUUAAGGGAAUGUGGCCAAGGAACCGAAGGGAACCCCGGCCAGUCACUAGAAGGGGGACAUAGUCACCCCAAUGCCACCAGGGAGGCUGACCUAAUCUGACAUAGGACCAACUCAGUCUUGGCCAACCCUGUCUGAAUACAGCGUCUCAACAAACGCAUUCUUCAGAGAAGACAGCAAGUAAGAGCAACUGCAAAAGGCAGUAAGCAACUCAAACCCAUGCAUAGAGACGGGCAUCCUGGAGAGCAGAACUCAGCUGAAUGCUAUGAACCCUCAUAUUGAGGGGAGUAUGAUCCGCUCAUCCUAGGAUCUACUCAGCGCUUGAUUAUUUGCACUGAGGAGGCUGUGCACUAGAAACCCUGAUACAGGGGAGCACAAACCAGCCUAGGGCUGAUCCUUAACGGAAGGCCUUAUAGAAGCCUUCAGCCAAUGACCAGCUUAGGGAGCUAAGCACUAUUACAUAGACAACCCUAGCAGGGAAGUACAGAGCUCAACCUAACAGGCAGACCAUACUGUGGGCACAUAAUCAUGGAGGCCUACAUUAUGAUAGUAGCUCUAUAUGAAGCAAGACUCACAUACGAAAGAGCACCUGUCAUAUUUCUUGCUCCCAGCAAGACUUCAGUAACAGCAAAUGAGACUGUAAAGUGCCACAUAACAGUCCACCUAACACAAUCCAAUGAGCAGUGUACUCGGUAAAAGAACCUUUUUACUCUUUAACUCUUUAAAUCUCAGAAUUAGAGACACACAUCCAAACUUUAAUCGAGGAUAGUAAGAAUGCAAGGGCUUCAGAUACUGUUUUGGAUGCGACUAGCUUAGUGAACUCUGUACAUCGUUCGGUUCCGGCUGUAGAGCCCGCGCAGCAGGGCACUUGGGUAACGGUGAGGCUUCCGUUCCAAUAAGAACAUCAAACAGGUUCUCCCCACUCAGUGAUACACCCACUGAGAAUCCUGCUGAAAGUGCCCUAGUUAUUGGCGAUUCUAUUACACGGAACGUGAAAAUAGAGACACCAGCCACCAUAGUCACAUGUUUGCCGGGAGCCAGAGCACCUGACAUCAAAGCAAAUUUAAAAGUGCUGGCUAAUGCUAAUCGUAAAUACUCUAAGAUUAUUAUUCACGUCGGCACUAAUGAUGUUCGACUUCGCCAGUCGGAGAUCACUAAAAUUAACAUUAAAGAGGUGUGUGAACUCGCAAGUACAAUGUCAGGAGAAGUAAUUUGCUCUGGCCCCCUUCCUGUUCGUCGGAGUGAUGAGAUAGUUAGCAGAUUAUCAUCACUCAAUGGCUGGCUGUCUAAGUGGUGUCCGCAAAAUAAUAUAGGUUUCAUAGACAAUUGGAAAAGUUUUUGGGGCAGACCUGACCUGUUAAAAAGAGAUGGUAUUCAUCCCUCCCGGGAUGGUGCUGCUCUUCUCUCUAGUAAUAUGGCACAUAGUCUUAGAGCUGAAACAUGACAAACUGGGGCCCAGGUCAGAAAGCAGACAGACUGGCUAAACCGACCGUCUGCUAGCUGCCUCACGUUACAGAAGUCAGAAAAUUCAGAUAACUCCCAACACAUAGAAACUCUUACACCUAGAUAUUUUCAAAUAGAGACUGUGUCUGUACCCCGAAUUAGUAAAAACAAAAAACUUCCAAACCCAUUUAAUGGUAAAAAUUCAAUUGAUGUUCAACAAAUAAAAAAUAGAGAUAAUAAUGCUAAACAAAUGAUAAAACUCGGGUUGUUAAAUAUUAGAUCCCUUUCUUCAAAAUCACUUAUUGUUAAUGAUAUUAUCAAAGAUAAUAAUCUAGAUGUGCUGUGUUUGACAGAAACUUGGCUAAAACCGGACGAUUACAUUACUUUAAAUGAGUCUAGUCCUCAAGGUUAUGAUUAUCGACACAAUGCCCGUCAGAAAGGCAAAGGGGGAGGUGUUGCUGUAAUCUAUAGUAAUAUUUACAGUAUUAGUCAGAAGUUCAAAUAUAAUUCCUUCGAAACUAUGGUACUUUACGUAACAUUAUGUAAGUUGACAUUUGUGCUGGCUACUGUAUACAGGCCACCAGGACACAAUACAGACUUUAUCAAAGAAUUUGCUGACUUUCUAUCAGAGUUAGUACUAGCUGCAGAUAAAGUCCUUGUUGUUGGUGAUUUUAAUAUCUAUGUAGAUAAUAAAAAAGACGCAUUAGGAUUGGCAUUUGCAGAUCUUCUAAACUCUAUUGGUGUUAGACAACAUGUGUCAGGACCCACUCAUUGUCGUAAUCAUACUUUAGAUCUAAUAUUGUCACAUGGAAUCAAUAUCGAUGCUGUUGAAAUUCUGCAGCAGAGUGACGACAUCUCAGAUCAUUAUCUAGUCUCGUGUAUACUACAUUUAGUCAAGGCGGCUAAACUGCCUCCAUGCCAUAAAUAUGGUAGAACCAUCACUUCUACCACUAAAGAUUGCUUUAUAAAUAAUCUUCCUGAUCAUUUUCAUCGCCUUAGCAUACCAGACAGCUUAGAAGACCUCGAUGUUGCAACAGAAACUAUUGCCUCUGUCUUUUCCAGCACAUUAGACUCAGUUGCUCCUUUGCGUUUAAAAAAGAUUAAGGAAAUUAAUCCAAUGCCAUGGUACAAUGAGCACACUCGGGCCCUAAAGUUAGCAGCCAGAAAAAUGGAGCGCAGCUGGAAGAAAUCAAAACUAGAAGUAUUUCGUAUUUCGUGGAGAGAGAGAAUGAUUGAGUACAGAAAGGCCUUAAAAUCUGCUAGAUCUGCCUAUUUUUCAAAACUCUUAGAAGAAAAUAAACACAACCCUAGGUAUUUAUUUGAUACAGUGGCUAAAUUAACAAGAAAUAAAGCUUCAACUUCUGAUGUUUCCAAAGAGCACAGCAGUAAUGACUUUAUGAACUUCUUUACUUGCAAGAUUGAUAAUAUUAGAGAAAAAAUUAUAACCAUGCAACCGUCUAUUACAGUAUCGCGUCAGAUAGUGCAUUGUAGUGUCCCUGAGGAAAAAUUCAAGUAUCCCUGAAGUAUCAGCAGAGAUUGAGAAUGUUGCGAUCCUGUCGGACUUAUGAUAGCUACCUGAAUCGUAACAAAGCACUGUUGGCCAGAGGAGAACUGGCCCCCCGACUAAGCCUGGUUUCUCCCAAGGUUUUUUUCUCCAUUUAAACACCUAUUUGCCACUUGUCUGCCACCUGAUGUCACCUGAUGGAGUUUGGGUUCCUUGCCGCUGUCGCCUUUGGCUUGCUUAGUUGGGGACACUUGACAUUUGACUUGACAUUUGAUAUUCAACAGUGCUUUGAUCUGCCUGCAUUGACACUAUUCUUUUUAAAGCUGCUGUGCAGCCA